UGGGGACCCUCCACGUGACUCGGUGAUGCAGAACGGUUAUGACCUUCAGCGUGUGUCUGUGAACGCGAGGGUCCCAGUAACAGUGCGGGUUUGCGCCCGGCCCUGCCGGUGGGUGCAGGGACGUGUGGGUGUGUGAGCGUGUGUGGGUGUGUUGGGGAGGGUGCCCAGCGACAUGUGACAAAGACUCCAGUCUCUGGGAGAUGGUGAAGGGCCCGCGAGCAGGCGCUUUGUCUGGCUGUCUGCAGAGUGAGGUUCGCGCCGCGGCGGCGGCGCCCGAGCGGUGCAGGAUGCCGGGGCGCCAGGGCGGCCGGGGGCGCGCGCGCCUGUGCCGGAGUGAGUGCGCUGCGGCAGCGCCGGGGGGCAGCGCGGCGGGCCCGCGCCGGCCCGGGCCUCGGGCGUGACUGGGCGCCACCCGUGGGCGCUGCAGUGGUCGCGUGUCCCCGUGACCUCAGGAGGCCGACCGGGUCCGGGUGGAUCUCCGCGUGCCCCUCCCCGUCCGUCCUCCACGUGCGUGUCAGCGACGCGCGCGCCAAGGCGCGCACCCGCUCGCCUGUCGCCGCCGCCGCCACCGCGAACCGUGCCGGGAAAAGGUGCUGGGAACCGAGCGAGCCGGGGCCGUGGGCCCAAGCGCCAUGGGCCGGAGGGAGGGCGGCAGGCAGCCGGUCAUCCCCGGGCCUCGCCCCCGCGGGAGAACGGCCUGGAGUCGGCGGGGGCCGGCCCGGCCCGCGGGGAGGCCGGCCCGCGCCCCCUGAGCGACAGACGCCAGGGUGCUCACCAUGGCCCCACCGCUCCUGCUGCUGUUGCUGGCCAGUGGAGCGGCUGCAUGUCCCCUGCCCUGCGUCUGCCAGAACCUGUCCGAGUCACUCAGCACCCUUUGUGCCCACCGAGGCCUGCUGUUUGUGCCGCCCAACGUGGACCGGCGCACGGUGGAGCUGCGGCUGGCUGACAACUUCAUCCAGGCCCUGGGGCCACCUGACUUCCGCAACAUGACAGGGCUGGUGGACCUGACGCUGUCUCGUAAUGCCAUCACCCGCAUUGGGGCCCGUGCCUUUGGGGACCUGGAGAGCCUGCGCUCCCUGCACUUGGAUGGCAACAGGCUGGUGGAGCUGGGCACGGGCAGCCUGCGGGGCCCUGUCAACCUGCAGCACCUCAUCCUCAGUGGCAACCAGCUGGGCCGCAUCGCGCCAGGGGCUUUUGAUGACUUCCUGGACAGCCUGGAGGACCUGGACCUGUCCUACAACAACCUCCGCCAGGUGCCCUGGGCGGGCAUCGGCGCCAUGCCUGCGCUGCACACCCUCAACCUGGACCACAACCUCAUUGACGCGCUGCCCCCGGGCGCCUUCGCCCAGCUUGGGCAGCUCUCCCGCCUGGACCUCACCUCCAACCGCCUGGCCACGCUGGCCCCCGACCCGCUCUUCUCCCGGGGGCGCGACGCGGAGGCCUCGCCCGCCCCCCUGGUGCUGAGCUUCAGCGGGAACCCGCUGCACUGCAACUGCGAGCUGCUGUGGCUGCGGCGGCUGGCCCGGCCCGACGACCUGGAGACCUGUGCCUCCCCGCCCAGCCUGGCCGGCCGCUACUUCUGGGCGGUGCCCGAGGGCGAGUUCUCCUGCGAGCCGCCCCUCAUCGCCCGCCACACGCAGCGCCUCUGGGUGCUGGAGGGCCAGCGGGCCACACUGCGGUGCCGGGCCCUUGGUGACCCUGCGCCCACUAUGCACUGGGUUGGCCCUGAUGACCGGCUGGUUGGCAACUCCUCCCGAGCCCGGGCUUUCCCCAAUGGGACCCUGGAGAUUGGGGUGACAGGUGCCGGGGACGCAGGGGGCUAUACCUGCAUUGCCACCAACCCCGCUGGAGAGGCCACAGCCCGAGUAGAGCUGCGGGUGCUGGCCUUGCCCCACGGCGGGAACACCAGUGCUGAGGGGGGCCACCCCGGGCCCUCGGACAUUGCUGCCUCGGCUCGCACUGCUGCUGAGGGCGAGGGGACUCUGGAGUCUGAGCCAGCAGUGCAGGUGACAGAGGUGACUGCCACCUCAGGGCUGGUGAGCUGGGGGCCGGGGCGGCCAGCUGACCCUGUGUGGAUGUUCCAGAUCCAGUACAACAGCAGCGAGGAUGAGACCCUCAUCUACCGGAUUGUCCCAGCCUCCAGCCACCACUUCCUGUUGAAGCACCUGGUCCCUGGCGCUGACUAUGACCUCUGCCUGCUGGCCCUGUCACCCGCUGCUGGGCCCUCAGACCUCACAGCCACCAGGCUGCUGGGCUGUGCCCACUUCUCCACGCUGCCGGCCACACCCCUGUGCCAUGCCCUGCAGGCCCACGUGCUGGGCGGGACCCUGACUGUGGCCGUGGGGGGUGUGCUGGUGGCUGCCUUACUGGUCUUCACUGUGGCCUUGCUGGUUCGGGGCCGGGGGGCUGGGAAUGGCCGCCUCCCCCUCAAGCUCAGCCAUGUCCAGUCCCAGACCAAUGGUGGCCCCAGCCCCACGCCCAAGACCCACCCGCCUCGGAGCCCCCCACCGCGCCCCCAGCGCAGCUGCUCCCUGGACCUGGGCGAUGCUGGGUGCUACGGCUACGCCAGGCGCCUGGGAGGCGCCUGGGCCCGGCGGAGCCACUCGGUGCACGGGGGGCUUCUCGGGGCCGGGUGCCGGGGUGUGGGGGGCAGCUCAGAGCGGCUGGAGGAGAGCGUGGUAUGAGGGGCGGCGCCGUGCGCUGAGGCACAGGCACAGGGCGGAGGGGCCAGGGCACUGCCCGGCCUGAGGGUCCCUCCUCGGUUUUUAUUCUCGGUACCUCAGGCUCCUCUGUGCACUGGGCAGGACAGGGAGCCCUCUCCUCGGUUCUGGCCUCCAGACUAGGGUAAGGGGACGGGUCCCUCUGACAGGUGCUCACAGCCACCGAGGCAGGCGCUGCAGCCACCAAGUGGGAGUCUUGUUUUUAUUUAUAAUAAAAUUGUUGGGGACACCUCA